AUGCACGGCCCUGUCGCGCCGCUCUUUGCCCGGCGUGGGCGUGUCGCGCGCUGGAGGCGGCGUGCGCCGAGCAUGCCGCGCGCGUGUACAGAGGCUUUGGUGCUGUGGGCGUACACGGGAGAGGCAUGUGCGGCUUUGCCGAAGGCUCUUUCCACCGCGCUUUCUCUCACGCUUGACGCUGCACUCGCGCUGCUGGCCGACGAUCUGGGCGAGGCGCUGCUGCAUGCGUCUGUGCCAGUGGACUGCGUCGAGUUUGUGCUUUUGGAUACCCCCUAUUGCGGCUACAUAGACAAGACGGUGCUGGCAUGCCGUACGCAUAAAACGCAUGUGCCCCCGAUGACGGCUGCAGCCGCGCUCGUUUGGCGCUCGUUGGUGUGCACCGGGAGCGUACCGGCGGGCACAGCGGCUCCUGCUACGUACAUGGAGGUAGCGCGUGUAUCUGAUGCGGUGGGACCGCGGUGUGCGGCGCCGUACCUUGCCGCACGCGCGUGGGAAUCGGCGUGUGCGCUCGCAGACCCCGCGCCUGUCUUUCGCAGGAUGCUGGACGAUCCAUUGGUUGCGCAGGAUCCAGAACUCGGUGGUAUGCUUGUCGAGGGACUGUGUGCAUUUCCUGCACACCUUCCGCACGCCGAAGCGCUGCUGGCAAUGCGGCGCAUGGAUCUAGAUUGGGUCGUGUAUACGCUCGCUGCAUCCCAUGCACCUGCCACACACGCUUAUGCGCCCCUUUUUUGCGCCGAGGUAAGCGCGAUGCUUGGUACACGAGCAUGGCGAGCAUUGCUUUCGCGGAAUGAUAUGGCGGUUGCGCGCCUUGUACGUAUCCUUGUUGCUUCGAUGAACGAUGUAAAUGCCGCGUCAUUGUACGAGACGCUCGUCGGCGAUAUCCUGCUUGCCGAUGCGCCGCCGCGACCCUCGGGCGAGCUCGAGGCGGCGCUCGAGGCGUACAGCGAAGAGAUUGUGCGGUACCUGCGCGUGCAUUGGGUUGCUGUGCGCGCGCAGUAUGGAUUUGACGCGCUCGCACCGUGGUGCGUCAAGGAGCUUGCGGAUCGGCUCGAAGUGGAAGCGCAUGCAUUGCGCGUGCAUUGCGCAGCGCCGGCGUGUGUCGUGCCGCUCGGGAAGAAUGCAAGCAUGUUUGCCAUGACUACGGGGGGACUCGCACAAGACUGCGAAAAAGGGACGGAGCGCAAGCCAGGGCCGGUCAGCCUGCAUGCAGCGGUGGUGAACAAGCAUGCUGCGCAAUGCGCGGCACAGACGGGCCAUGUAUAG